CAACCGUCGACAGUAACUGUUACGGCUUGACACUUUAGCUUUGGCUUCUAGACCAGAAACAGCAUCGGUGUUGUUCAAAGAAAUCUCAUUUCACAAUGUCAGCAGCCGGUACAGAUGGUUCGGGCGCAGUGUCAGGAAACAAGCACUUGCAGCAGACCCAGGCUCAGGUGGAUGAGGUGGUGGAUAUUAUGCGUGUUAAUGUGGACAAAGUGCUGGAGCGUGAUCAGAAGCUUUCUGAACUGGAUGAUCGAGCAGAUGCACUUCAGGCUGGAGCCUCCCAGUUCGAGACCAGUGCUGCUAAGCUGAAAAGGAAAUACUGGUGGAAAAACUGCAAGAUGUGGGCCAUUUUGAUAGCCGUCAUCGUGAUCAUCAUCAUCAUCAUUAUUAUUUGGACUUACUCCUAAGACAGCAACGACGGGUGGCAGAGUGGAGGAAAAGAUGGAGAGGAAAGGAGCAACGUACAUAAUUAAAGUUUCAGAGGAAAUGUCACAUGAUAACUGACUGCUGAGCUCCACAACAUUUUUUUACCUUGCAGGGGGUCUUCAUUCCUUGUCCUGGUUUGCCGCGUGUGUGGUUUAAACACGUGCAAGGUUUAUUAUACUUGUGCCUGAGUAAAGGAUUGUCAUAAUGUUUUACCCUGCAUUACUACAACAUACCAAACAUCUUUAAACUUAUAUUAGAGUUCCGUGUCACUUGCUACAAAAACAAGUUGAUAAUUAAAUUUCAAGAAAAUUCAACGAAAAUCUAUAAAAAUUGUUUACUAAAUUAUCUUUGAAUAUAUGACAAAUUACACCCGCAAAUGCAAACUUUCUCCAACCUCAGGACUAGAAGUAGAGAAUGUUGUUAACGCUCCUCAACAUAUAUUUACUUUUUAUGUUUUAUUAAUAGCCAAUGAUUUUGUGUGCCAGGCUAUGAGACGUGCCUAUCAGGAUAUGCUGUUCUGUGUUAGUUUAGAUUGUAAUAGUACUCCUGCAUAUCAUUGAAGAGACUCACCUUUUACAAUACUUACACAUUUGUACUUCUCAGAUGCCAAUCAUUAGAUAUUUCCCCUCAAUAAAAAACAAAUGCUGUUAUUUUAUGAUCUAGUGUCGUGCCCGUUUCCAACAGGUGACCUCCGCUAUUUCACCUUUCUCGAGAACUACACAUCCAAACAACAUCACAUUGGACUCCCUUGUGUCCUUAGCAAUACACUUGCCAUGACAAAGUUAUAUUACCUAGGAAUGCUAGAGUAUAUGCAUUAUUUGUGUGCAAAAGCUCACUCAAGCAUAGACUGAUAGCUAACUUCACCCAGCAUGCCAUUCAGCCGUGAACAGUUAAUAGGGGUCUCCUCUCAAUACACUACGCAGUGUGUACUUAAUUAAAGCACAGAUAAUGCAUAUGUCCUGUUGAUCUCAAGAGCGCAAAAUUGACACUUCAUUGGCUCCUCAACAAAAUACCAGCCAAGUGUGAAGUUAAUCGGCUGAACGGUUGUCAAAGUCAUCAAAAUACAUGCAUGCUAUACAUACUGACAGACUCCUUCCAUUUUAGUUUGAUGGUUACAGUCGACCGGGUAAAGGUGGGCUCUGAAGCCUUCUUUUAUUUAUACACAUGGUUUAGUGCUAGUCCAUUUCUUUGUGCAAGAUGUUUGAUUUUUGAUUAUCUAAAGAGGAAUUUAAUUGGUAACCUCAACAAAUAAGCUAACCAGUAACAGACUGUUGAACCAUCUGAUCACACUUGUCCUUGUCCAUCUAACUUUCAGGUAGAGUUUAGGCAAUAGUAUUGGUUUGUGUUGAGAUAAGCGCUUUUUAUGUUAAGACCGACAGCCUCACAGCUCGGUGAAGUGAGAGAAAAUACCGUGAAGUUUAAAAAUGAAAGUGCUACACUGUUUAGGUGGCAAAUUCUCUCAAUCAGGUGCUCUCAAUGAUGUACCAGCAAGUUUGCCGUUGUGGUAUAGUUAAGCCUGAAAAGUAAGAACAUGUGUUGGACAGAUGCCUUCAUGGGUUUUUCUCCAAUGGAGAACAGCCUAAAUACAGCCAUGCUAUAUUUAUAUAAACCAGCCAAUAAAAGAGUCGUGCCUUCUCAACUGUCAAGACAAUUACUGUCAGCUCAGCUUAUUUUUAACCUUUAAUAAAGUAUUGAUUAGUCACACUUGAAUUUACCUCAGCUGAUCAAAACAAAGUACAUCUCAUGUGUGAUAUUUUAGUUUUAAUUCUAUUCUAACAAAAGCGCUUUUUGUAGUAUUUUUAUCUCACUGCUACUAAGUAUCAUAUGUUUGAGUGUCAAUAAAAACUUUGUUGGGCGAUGUUAUAUACAACAUAAAAACACUGGAAUAUUGCGUUCCCUGCUGUUGCCUCCAACGUUUUCUUUUAGACAUUGGCCUUUAGUGUCUAAGAAACUGGUAAUUUCAAUAACUACACAAUACAAUAAGAUGGGCAAUUUACAUUUUUUUGAGAACCGGUAUAGAUUCAAAAUGCAUUUGCAGAAAUAACUUUUCCUCCCGUGUGGAAUUGUCAUCAUUCUCAUUUCUACUGCAGAAAUGUGAGACCCAGUAACUUCCAACAAUUGCUUAUGUCUAACCCAUUGAGCACGCAUUUGGAAAUAUAUGCAUUUCUACCUUUUAGGUUAAAAUGCCUUUUGCUUAAAUAAAACGUGAUUAAAUUCACAAAGCCUU